AUGAAGAGAAUUUUUUUGAUUGAUUGUCCUGGUAUUGUUCCUCCGAGUAACAAAGACACAGAAUCAGACAUUUUGUUCAGAGGUGUCGUCAGAGUUGAGCACGUAUCCAACCCAGAACAAUAUAUUCCUGAUAUGCUUCAGAAAUGUGAACGCAAGCAUUUGGAGCGGACAUACGAAAUCAAGGGCUGGAGUAAUUAUGAAGAAGAUUCGUCUUUAUUGGAGCAGGCCAGUGCGGAGUUCAUAGAGCUCAUCGCUAGAAAACAAGGAAGAUUGUUGAAAGGAGGUGAACCGGAUGAAGGAGCAGUCGCCAAACAGGUCUUGAAUGACUUUAAUAGAGGAAAGAUUCCAUGGUUCGUUCAGCCUCCUAAGGAUGAAGAGGUGAGAACAGGCGAGGAUAAGAAGGCUCUGUUUAAGAGGGCGAGAGCUGAGAGAGAAGCUGAAAAAGACUCCAAAGACAGUGCGAAGAGGUUGAAGAUGGACUCUUCAGAGGGCGAGUCUGACGAUAAAGAAGAAGAAGAAGUUGAAGCUAAAGAGGAAUUAUAA